AUGCCUGUCAUUAUCCGAAAAGAAGGAAGGAAGGAAGGUCCCCUGGGCGUCAUGUACGUGGAAGUUAACGGGGCGAAUUUCCUCAACACUGGCUGCUACACCACCACCGUGGGAGAAAACCUCUUCGACAUUGGGAUCAUUUUUGCUGCGAACAUCAACUAUGACGUUCCCGCUCAACGAGCCGUCCUUCACUUGAACCAAAAUGUCACCACGGUCCUCCAAAACGCUAAUGUGUACGUGAAGCCACUGCAAGACAAGGGAAUCAAGGUUCUCCUCUCCAUCCUCGGAAACCACCAAGGGGCCGGAGUUUGCAACUUCCCCGAUGAGACAGCAGCCAGAGACUUUGCCACCCAGUUAAACCAAGCGGUCCGAUUAUUCGACUUGGAUGGGAUUGACUUCGAUGACGAGUAUGCGGAUUAUGGAAACAACGGGACAGGGCAGCCGAACGCAUUCUCGUUCAUCUAUCUCCUCCGAGAACUUCGAACUUUGAUGCCCGACAAGAUCAUCUCUUUUUAUUACUACGGCCCGGCGACGUCUAGAUUGUCAUAUCAGGGGCUGAUCGCUGGAGACUACCUGGACUACAGCUGGAAUUCGAUUUAUGGAACCUACAGCGUUCCAAACGUUCCCGGCUUGACGCAAAGGGCGCAACUGGGGCCUGCUGCUGUGAAUGUGAGGGCGACCUCUGGUGGCACCGCGCAAAAUUUGGCGACGCAAACGGUCAACGAUGGUUAUGGGAUUUACCUCUACUACGACUUGCCAAACACGGAUAUCAACACGUAUCUGUCCGGAAUAUCAGAGAGGUUGCAUGGAGUUGGGAGCACAUUGACAGGUGGAUGUCUUCGACCAUGGCCGCCGACCGGAAAAACUGAGAAAGUGUGUGCAUGUGCCGGUAAGGAAAAACCGGCAGAUGAAAAAUGA